AUGAGCCACGAGGCCGGUACCGCAUCCCCUACCGCCACUCUCCCUUCUCUCACCCUCCCCGCCGCCCCCAUCGAUGCCGUCGCAGGUCACAGCGAUGGCAUGGGCCUUUCUUCUCCUGGUGGCCUUCCGGUCAUUCCGGCCAGAUGGCCAUCUCUUCCCAGCAUGCCGGUCUCCCAGCCGGAGACUGUAGCGCAGCCCGAGGGCAACAUCCCUCAGGUUAACAUGCCUCAGAGGAACACCCCUAAGAAGGGCAGCAGCAAGCAGUCUGAGCUGAGUGAGGCGGCGAAGGAGUUCAUUGCCGCCCACAAGUCCUAUGAUAGAUCGGCUAAGACCUUCGAUGAAGCCACGGAGAAGAUCUAUCUGACGCUGGACGAGUGGCGGCGUGCCUGGGAGGCCCAUGUCGCCGAUCGGGAGGCAUCAGGUAAUCAGAAGCAGGAGAAGUGA